GUAAAGUGUCAGUCAGGCGAAAACGGCGGUGCUUGAGCUUAACUAGUAGAAGAGUAUACUGGCUUGUGGCUUCUGCUUCUGAUUCACAUCACAAAACAUCUAAAGACAGAAUUAUUCAUCGUGACAUGAUCGUUUCCGUUGACAGAUUACCAGGAUUGCGUCAUAUUUCGGCAUUUAUUAAUCCUUCUUAUCAGAUUUCCUUACAAUUUUGCAAACCGGAUAAGCAUGGCAUCAAUAUUAAGAUCCUCUAAAUUUGUGAGAUAUAUCGCUGGUUUCGCCAGAAACAUAGUAGUGAACACACCUAGAGAAUUUGACGGUAAUUUCGUAAAUAGUGCACAAUGCUUUUGCGGCUCUUCCCCAAGAAAUCUUGCUACCCAGACGUCAGUCCUUACAGAUCAAAACCUUGAAACCAGUCUGAAAAGAAUCGACCAAGACGUAAGAAAAUCGGGUCGAAUAUCUCGUAGAGACAUUGAAGAUGUCCUGGAAGAGAUCAGGAUCGCCAGAUCAGCGACCAGCUCACAGUCCUUACUUGUUAUCCGGUGUUGUGGUAACCUUGUCCCUGAGGAACUCCCUGAGACAAGAACCAAACUGGUACAGGAGAUAUGGAAUACCUUAAACAAACUGAAUGUCCCAAUGGACAUAUCACAUUACAAUGCCCUUUUGAGAGUAUAUCUAGAGAAUGAACACAAAUUCUCCCCAACUGAGUUCCUCAGUGAAGUAGAGAGCAAGGGUAUAGAACCUAACAGAGUUACUUAUCAAAGGUUAAUUGCAAGGUAUUGCCAAGAUGGUGAUAUAGAAGGUGCUACAAAGAUUCUGGAGUAUAUGAGAGAAAAAGAAAUGUCUGUUAAUGAAAAUGUAUUUAAUGCAUUGAUUGUGGGACACUCCAAUGCUGGUGACAUGGAAUCAGCCCAAGGUAUCCUAAAUGUCAUGACCCAAGCAGGUUUGGAACCAAGUGCAGAUACAUACACAACUUUGCUUUGUGGCUAUGCAGCUAGAGGGGACAUAGACAAGAUCAUGAACAUAACUGAUGAAUGUGAAGCAAAAGAGAUUUUUCUUCUAGACAAAGACUACCUAGACAUUGUUUAUAGUCUUGCCACACAUGGACAUACUCAACAUGUCCCAGCUGUUUUGAACAAAGUUAAGAAGGCUGUAGGAUACCCUCAGGAUGCUAUCAAUGUUAUUUUAAGGCUGAUUAAUAAAGGACAAGAGGAUGCAGCCUUUAUGGUAUUGAAAUCUUUGCCAAGAAUAACCAGGGAGGAUGGUACAAAUCUGCCAUCUGGCAUGUUCUUCAUCAAACAAAUGGUAAAAGCCAAUAGACCCAUUGAAAAAAUCAUACAACUCUGUGAACAAUUGGAAAAAGAGGAGCUCUAUGAACGUGCCCUUCUUCUAGCUGUAGAAAACAGUUUACAGGUGGGCAAUGACAAACUUGCCUACCCUCUACUCGAAAAACUCAAAGAAAAAGGCUUGGAGAUCCGACAGCACUACUUUUGGCCGCUGAUAGUAUCAAAAGCCAACGAUCCUGCAGGAAAAGGAAUCAUUCAAGUCCUGCAGAAGAUGCAAGACUUCAACUUGACACCAAGUGGUGAAACAGUUCGCGAAUAUGUCAUCCCUAAUCUAAAGGGCAAGAGCAGUGAACUGAUUGCCAAGCUACGUGAAGCUAACGUAUCCGUUGGUUCUUCAGCAUGCAGUCUCGUCAUCCAUCUUCUGCAGAAGAACGAAAUUGACGAGGCGGCAGCAUUAGCUAACAGCGUGAGGGCAUAUUACCAACCAGAGUUGGUCAAGAGAGCCUUUACGAAUGCUUUCUACAAAACGAACGAUAUCAAAUCUUACAUGUCUCUGUUGAGAACAUUCUACGAAGCGGCUGACAGGAAGAACGUCAUACAAUCGCAAGACGACGAAGAAGUUGUUAGUAGCACUAUCGAUAAGACAGCUCUGAUUGGAACUUUUAUCUUAGAUCUUACUACCAAUCGCAGAUUUUUAGAAGUUGCGGAGCCAAUACUAGAGGCAUUGGUAAACGAAGGUCUGAGCAUCUCAAAUACAACCGCGGAAAAGAUUGAAGAGAAGUUGGGCGAGAAAAUGACAGAAAAUAUCUCCAAACUGUUAGGCAAACUAACAUCUGGAGAACUGACACCUACGCCCAUCAAUAAAAAGAAAUUAUCGUAUGUACCUUCACAUCAGAUGAACAUAGCUCAACUUGAAAGACUGGUACAGAAUCUGUCAUCAAAGGGCCAGGACGUUAAGGGCCUGAAGAGGCAGCUGUUGACUCUCUAUUAUCGAGCUAAAGAUCUGAACAAGACUGAGCAGAUUUUGGAAGAGCUGAAGCAAUCGUCUGACUUUGUAUUCACAAACGGUAUGUAUGCACAACUGUUGGAUUUGUAUGCUUACCAUGACAAUUUGGAAAAAGCCAUGGAAUACUAUGAACUUCUAAAAAAAGAUGACGGCGAUAAGUUCACAUUGGAUGACGGAAAGAUCGUACGACUGGCUUGCCUGUUCAUAAAAAAAGGCAGAAUUGAUGAAGGAAUCAAAAUUUUGGAGACCACUCCUAGGGACGAAAAGAACGAAGAGCGGAACUUCACCUAUUCAGCUUUGGUAUGGAGGUUCUUGAACUCGCUGGCCGAGGAGGGCAAAGUAGAAGAACUAAACAAAGUGUUCGAUGCGCUGACCAAGCACGACUUCAUACAGGUGAAUAACGUGCUGCUCGGACCUCUGAUUAAGGUACAUCUCACUCGCGGAGAUCUAGAUCAAGCUUUAGAGAAGUUUGAAUGGUGCGUCAAACAGUACAAAUCAACACCAUGGAAGAACGAACUGGCAUGCAGGUUAAUUCAAGUCGAGGAUGCUGAAAAACUACAGAAACUGACUGAUCUUAGUACACUAGUGCAUGGUGAGGUAAACAGUCUCUAUGAUUUGGUGUUCGCUUUCGUCGAAUGUGGAAGGAUUAGACAAGCAAGGAAGAUUUUGGAGACACCUGGCUUACAUAACAGACCUCAAAGGAUAAAUAGUGCUUGUGAGCGGUAUCAGCAAGAAGGUCUUGUUAAGCCUUUGGAGGGCCUCAAGGACGCAACAAAGGACAUGGACCAUAUUGACAGAUCAGAUAUUUACUAUCAACUCCUACUCAGUUAUAUUAAGCAAGACGAUACUGAUAAAGCUUUUGGACUCUGGAUGCAAAUGCAGGAAGAGGAUUUACUACCUUCUGACCAAUUCCUGAGCACUUUGGCAGCACACUUAAAUGAAAAAGGAAGAGAGGUUCCAUUCGUGGUGUCUGAAGAAUCUUUUCAAAUAAUACAAACAUCACAAACAAGCACACAGCAGCACCAACAAUCUUCUCAAUCAAUCUUCAGACAAUGCAUUAAAAAUGGGAAUUUGGAGGAGGCAUUGAAGAUGAAACGUACUUCGAAGGAAAAAUUCUCUGUCGUCGAUUUAUCUGCAUUGAUUGAGACAUUAGUGCAAAAAAAUCAAGUUCAGGAAGCAUACAACAUAACCAUGGAAAUUUUAGACAGAGGGAACUUGCCUGUUAAUAAGGUGUUUAGAUUUUUGCUGAACAAACUGGCUACAAGUGGCGACAUUGCUAUGUUGGAAAAAAUCGGCUCAAAACUUAAUCCAGAAGUGAAGAAAAUCGUAUCGUUCGAUAACAGGAUGUGUCACGCGAACUUGGUAUCUGGAAAAGGCAAAGAAUAUUUGGAGAAACUUCAGGAAGAUAUUGAUAAGGCUACAGAAGAGACCUUGCCUCAUAUUAGUGAACGGUUCCCACGAGGAGGAGCUUACGGAAUUUUGGAAAAACAUCCUGAAUUGAUGGAUAAAUAUGAAGAAUUAGCUGUCAAAUACUCCAAUAAAAACAUAAUUGGUCCCCUGAAUGUACUGUGGACAUACUGCUUCAUAGAAGGCAAGGAUGAAAAAGCCGAACAUAUAUGGAAUACUUAUUUGAAAGACUCUCCACGAAUCAUGUUCCAGAAAAUAGUUCAUAUUGCUAGGGAGCGACAAGACGAAAACCUAGCGAAAAAACUAAUAGACCAUCUGAAAGAGAGCAAAGUAACUGAAGGAGCGAUUGGUAACGCAUACAGCUGUCUUCUCGACGUUCUAGUUGGCAAGCAGAAGGAUGAAGAAGUAGUUCAUACUUUCGAACAAGCCACCAAAGAUGUUCCUAUUAAUGCGAUAAACAGGACGGCUGUGUUGAGAGUCAAGGAAAUUUAUGAGAGAUUAGGAAAACCUUUCACUCUUGCUAUUCCACCAAAAACUACGAAAAAUCGUUCGCAGAGCCAUGUUGAAAAUUUAGAUUAGGUGCAAGGUUACUUUUAUUUAUAAGAAUUUUUUUAUUGUGCUGUUUACCAAAGUGCAUAUUUUGGUUAGUAUUAAGUUAUUGUACAGUGUGAUAUAGUCGUUUCGAAUUAUAAUAGUUCCAUUUAUAAAUACUGUAGUUCUAUUAUUCUAAGUUCCCCUCAGUAAUUACUGAC